AUGCUCUUAGCCCACAAGUCAGUUCAGGACACCGAGAAGAAGUUCAAGUGCCCAGCUGGCUGGGAACUGGAGCCGACGGCGGUGACCGCGGCGUUUCAGGGGAAGGCCUCGGAAGUGGAGUUGGAGAGGAUCGUUGCGGGAGCGAAGCUGGAGAAGUCAGAGAAGGAAUACAAAUUGUCUCUUCCGUCCGGUUCAAGUCGGGAUCCGCGGACGUGGUAUUAUUUGUGCAAGGGGAAGAAGGUUAGUCAGGAAUCUGGUGAAGGGAAGCAUCCUUCGAGAGCGGGUGCCGGCAGCGAUGGGUCAAUGUCUGAUUCCCAGCCCGUAAAUGUACUCAGUGGCAGCGAAGAAAGCCACUCCGGCAUGGCGAUUGAUUCCGCCCACACUCCCUCACUCAACCAGGGCCCUCAGCUUUCUCCAGCCGGUCCUGGUCCACAACCUGCCGGCGCCGCGCAGCAUGAUGACUCCGACAGCCUGACGCCUGACCAGGGCCUUACCAGCGGACACAACGCAGGCGCCGGCGUUCAGCAGCACAGCUCACCAGGAGGUGUCAGCGCUGGCAGCGGUCCCUCUCAUGAGGAAGACGGCCUCAAAGGAUCUGACGCUCCCGGACAAUCAGCUGGCGUACUCGCCGGCUCCGUCGAUGCCGGUGAAGGUCUCGGUCUCUCUGAAAAAGAAGACCCAAGCCUUAAAGGAGACAAGGAGCCACACACCCCCGCCGACGUCGCGGAUCCUGACCAUAGGCAAGCAGAACAGAACGCUAAAGCACGCUCGCCUGGCGCGCUCGCAGAGCAUGUAGAAGAGCGCACACUGGAGAAGACGCAGGGAACAGUCCGGCGAUUAGCGCAGCUUGGCGACUUAACUGGUUCAAACACAUCGUUCAGCAAUGCUCUUCUGAAAACAGCCUUUCGCGCUUCAGCCAAGCCUGAAACCGACUCCGCCACGCACGAAACCGACUCCGCCGAGCCUGCCCUGGAAACGUGCAAAGUGAUGGUCCAAGUCCUCCCAUCCACUGUCAUCGAGUGCAACGCUGGUGAAACGAAAGCAGCGACAGUCUCCGCGGUUGGCUCUCCAGUAGCCUUCAAAUGCGGAGCUGGCCUGAGUCUAGAAUCAACAGCCCUGGAUAAGGUGUAUGACGACAAGGACGGCAAGUGUGCGUCACAGGUGGCGCUCUCCAGUCUGGUUGACGGAUCGCUGUCCGUCGUCAGUCCGGAGAAGGAGACAGAGGCUGAGCCGAAGAAGUACUUCUUUGGAGUGGACGUGCUGCCGACUGAGCAGCAGGCGCUGUGCUACAAGUGCGUGGAGACUUCGUCUUCGGAGAAGGAGGCGAGCGGCGGCGCAGCGGAUGCUGGGAAGGAGUGUCAGGUCAAGAUCACGGUUGCGUCACCGGCUGUGUCGGCGGCGCCAGGGGCCGUGAGCUUCGCAUGCGUCGCUUUGUUUGGAGCGGUCGCAGGUGGUCUGUUUUGGUGA